AUGCGCACCUCUUAUUUCGCCCUCCUCCUGGCUCCCACCGCCGUCCUAUCCCGCAGGAUCGUGAUCCAACCCACGACCGGAGACUUGUGCUGCGACCGGGGCACACCAGACGACAGCGAAACCUGCAAGAAGCAAGGCUUGAACUCUUACUGCUGUUCCCAAGCUCGCAAUAACAACCGCGGCGGGUGCGACCCGGAAAAACUAGAAAUCUUCAACUUUGGGCGCUCGGUCACGUCCUUUGUUCCGGGAGGCACUUGCGAAAGGCGCGACUCGGCUGGUAAUACGUUUGUGGGAUUCAUUGGUUGUGCAAAGUGA